AGGGUUCGAAUGUCAGUCGUCCACAGUGUUAUCGCUUUGACUUAACGUAAUCCCUGCGUUCUUUUGGUAGUGUCUCUGAACGUUUGUUCUAAAACUGCUUCAACAUGAAAUUUGUCGCUGUGUUUGCCUUUGUAUGCCUGCUGGGUCUGUGUCUCGCAGAAGAUACGUCCAUCGUAUCCGAGGAUAAAGAGAUGAACGUCGAUGGAAGCUACAAGUUCAACUACGAACAGUCGGAUGGGCAGAAGCGCGAGGAAAUGGCUGAGCUGAAGGCAUCGGCCGCCGAUCCGGAUGUGCAGGCAAUCUCGGUCAGCGGCUCGUACGAGUACACCGACAACGAUGGCAAGCGCUACCUUGUCACCUACACCGCCGACGAGAACGGUUACCGUCCGAUGGUGAAGCAGCUGUAAAGGGUUGUACGGGUUAAGCUUUAGUGGGAUAUCUUGGGGAGAAAAUCAUGGAAAAACAAUAAAACAGGUCAAACGAAUUGUACAAAUCUA